UAUGCAGACUUCAUUGCAGUUUUCCAGUCGUGGUCUUGAGGUUGCUUGCGGCGAGUCGUACGGGAUACAUCGUGGACGAAGCAUGGAAGACGCGUUUGACGUUCUGGGGCAUUUGGUACCCGAAGUAUCUAUCAAAAUUCUGAGGAUGCUGGAUAUGAAAUCACUUGGGUCCGCAAGCAAGGUUUGCAAACAGUGGAGGGCACUAUGCUAUAGGGAUACUAUCCUGAAGCGAAGAAUGAAAAGAUUUAGGGAGCUGCAAGUACUGAAGAAGAAGCUGCGGAGAGUUAGAAAAAAACUCGCGUAUAUUAAGAAUGAAAUAGCAGAAUUAGGAAAUAACCACAGCCUUAAACUAGUUUUUAUGGAAUCGUAGUGCCAGGAAUCUAAUUUUAGUUAGCUCUUGACUAAUAACAAAGCAGUGACUGAAUCUCUGCAGUAAUUUUGUACGGAUGAUGAGACUGUACUUUGGAAUAACAUGCACCACUAUUGUACCGUAACUCGAGUAAGAGGGGUCUUGAGCAAACUGAGAUUUCAAGAAUUGCUUCUGCUAGAGAACAGCUGCAAUGCUGACUUUGACUAAAGGGAAGAAUUUGUUGAAGUGGAAAAUAUUGAUCGUGAAGUGUGUUGCGUAACUGCCUGAAUAAGCAGUUUCACCAUACUUGUUUGUGAACUUCCAUUUGCAUCAUUUGGGAUUUUCACCAACUUCUGAAAUGCAGUCCUUACUAUAGUUUGUGAUCAGGUGCCCUUGAAUACAGGGCAUCAAUUUGUGACAAUGUGUAAUGGUUUUAACUUUAUUUUGUACGUUUAUUUGUA